UUCAUACAUCGGCAAAGAUGAUCGAGACGGACGUACGGCCGGCCGGCCGGCGCUGCUUCUAAGUGCUAACCAGAAUCCGGCCUCCCAUUGCUCUCCUACAGCCCUUCCACCAAGAGGACCAACCAAUCUAAGAAACGGCACGGCCAUGUCGAUGCGCGGCUGCUGGAGUUUGCUAUGUAUGCUCGGCCUCCGCGUCGUCCUGACGAUGGCCACGCCGGCGAGCGGCGGCGGCGGCGGCGAUGAGGCCGCGCUGCUCGCCAUAAAGGCCGAGCUCGGCUGCGGCGGCGGCUCUGGCGGCGCGCUGGCCUCGUGGAACGGCAGCACCGGCUUCUGCAGCUGGGAGGGGGUGUCCUGCACCCGCGGUAGGAACCCGCCGCGGGUGGUGGUGCUAAGCCUGUGGAGGCAAGGGCUUGCCGGGACGCUCUCCGCGGCCGUCGGGAACCUCACGUUCCUGCGAGCGCUCGAGCUGGGGUUCAACUGGCUGCACGGCGAGGUCCCCGCGAGCCUGGGCCGUCUCCGGCGCCUCCGUUACUUGGACCUUGGCUACAACACCGUCUCCGGCGAGAUCCCGGCCAACCUGAGCUCGUGCGUGGCCAUGGAGCAGAUGUUCCUCGACGCCAACAACCUCGUCGGCCGCAUACCUGCCGAGCUCGGGGACAGGCUGACGCAGGUCCAGGUGCUCCGUCUCAAGAACAACAGUCUCACCGGUCCCAUCCCGGCGUCGCUCGCCAACAUGUCGUCCCUGUGGCACCUCGCCCUCGCCAACAACCAGCUCGACGGCCCGAUCCCACCGGGACUCGCCGCCCUCGCCGGCCUUCGGCAUCUUGACCUCGCCGUGAACAAGCUGGACGGUGCGCUCCCGAUCUCCAUGUACAAUCUGUCGUUGCUGAGGGUCUUCCAUGUGGAAGGGAACCGGCUGCUUGGCAGCAUUCCUGCUGACAUCGGCGGCAAGUUCCCCGUCAUGGAGGAUUUCAGCCUUGCCAACAACAGGCUCACCGGAGGAAUCCCUUCUUCCAUCUCGAAUCUCACCACUCUCACAAGCUUGCAGCUCUCAAUCAACGGAUUCACCGGACUUGUGCCUCGCGAUCUCGGGAGGCUGCAUCGUCUUCAGUAUCUGUACAUGCCUCACAAUCUGCUUGAGGCAGGCGACACGGAGGGCUGGGAGUUCAUCACUUCGCUGGCCAACUGCAGCCGGAUGCUGCAACUGAGCCUCAGUGACAACUCCUUCGGUGGACAACUGCCCAGCUCCGUGGUAAACCUGUCAGCCACGCUCCAGUAUUUCUAUCUGUCAGAUUGUACUUUCUCUGGCAGCAUCCCGGAGGACAUUGGCAAUUUAGUUGGACUAGAAAUACUUUCUUUCUCAAACACCUCGAUAUCUGGAGUGAUCCCCAACAGCAUCGGUAAACUUGCAAACUUGGUUCAGCUUGGCUUGUACAGGACUGGGUUAUCAGGGCUUAUACCAUCGUCACUUGGAAACCUUACACGGCUGAACAUGAUUAUUGCAUACAGUAACAACUUGGAAGGACCAGUCCCGCCAAGCCUCGGCAAACUAACAAAUCUAUAUCUUCUUGAUCUAUCAGCAAACUACCGCUUAAAUGGUUCAAUACCGAGGGCAAUUUUUUUGCCUUCCCUUUAUAGCUUGAACUUAUCAUACAAUUCAUUCUCUGGACCCCUUCCAUCAGAAGUUGGUAACAUGGUUAACCUCAACAAGUUGAUCCUAUCAGGAAACCGACUGUCCAGCCAAAUCCCUGAUUCUACUGGGAAUUGCCUAGUCCUAGAGUCAUUGAUGCUGGAUGACAACAUGUUUGAAGGAAGCAUACCGCAAUCUCUGCAGAAUGUAAAAGGGCUCCGGGUACUGAACCUGACCGCCAACAGAUUGUCUGGUACGAUACCUGACACUCUUAGCAACAUCAACGACUUGCAAGAGUUGUAUUUAGCGCGUAACAACCUGUCAGGACUGAUCCCAGCAUCUCUGCAGAAAUUAGCAUCGUUGCUCACAUUCGAUGCGUCAUUCAAUGAUUUGCAAGGUCAAGUGCCGAACGGGGGUGUUUUCGCAAACUUGACCGCCAUAUCUGUAACUGGAAACAGCAAGCUGUGUGGUGGAAUACCUCAGCUUCGCUUGGCUCCAUGCCCCACACAUACUACAAGAGACAGCAAAACAGAUAGGUCCAAGUCUCUGAUGAUUUCUCUGACCACAACGGGAGCAACGCUGUUGCUAGUUUCAGUCGCUGUUACUAUUUGGAAGCUUAAACAAAGACCAAGAAGUCAAGCUCUACCCACAGUUACCGAGGAAGGCUUCCAAAGAGUUUCGUAUCAGGCAUUGUUGCGAGGAACAGAUGGAUUUUCAGAAUCUAACUUGCUUGGCAAAGGAAGAUAUGGAGCGGUUUACAAAUGCACAUUAGAAGGUGAGGAUACACCUGUAGUUCUAAAAGUAUUCAACCUUCAACAAUCAGGAUCGUCUAAGAGUUUCCAGGCUGAAUGUGAGGUGCUGAGAAGGGUACGUCACCGUUGUCUCAUAAAGAUCAUCACAUGCUGUUCAAGCAUCGAUAAUCAAGGUCAAGAUUUCAAGGCAUUAGUAAUGGACCUCAUGCCCAACGGGAGCUUAGAUGGUUGGCUACAUCCGAAAUACAGCAUUGCCACUCUAAACAAUACUCUGAGCCUCGCUCAGAGGCUAGAUAUUGCUGUUCAUGUUAUUGAUGCUCUGGACUAUCUUCAUAGUCACUGUCAGCCACCAAUAGUUCAUUGUGAUGUCAAGCCAAGCAACAUUCUUCUUGCAGAAGACAUGAGUGCCCGAGUUGGAGACUUUGGUAUAUCAAGGAUCCUGCUUGAAAGUGCAAACAAAGUUGGGCAAAAUUCAAGUAGCACAAUCGGAAUAAGAGGCUCAAUUGGCUAUGUUGCUCCAGAAUAUGGUGAUGGUUCUCCAAUCUCAACUCUUGGUGAUGUUUAUAGCCUUGGGAUAUUGCUACUUGAGAUGUUUACGGGCAGGAGCCCAACGGAUGAUAUGUUUAGAGAAUCAGUAGACCUUCACAAGUUUUCAGAGGCUGCUCUCCCUGACAGGGUCUUGGAGAUAGCUGAUCCGACAAUAUGGGUGCACAAUGACGCCAACGAUAAGAUCACAAGAAGCAUAGUUCAGGAGUGUUUGGUCUCUAUCAUUAGGAUUGGCAUAUCAUGCUCAAAGAAGCAACCCAGAGAGCGAAUGCCGAUACGAGAUGCAGCCGUGGAGAUGCAUGCUAUCAGAGAUGCACACCUGGUGUUAAUUAGCAACCACUCUUGCGGUGGAACAUGAAAGAGAAGUUGACACGCUAAUAAGACAUGCACCAACUAUUAGCAAAUAGUGUUUUUUUUUUGUUUGCGAAAUAUUAGCAAAUAGUGUUGAAGACAUGUCCAGAACAAGAUCGACUGCAGAUGACCACAUAUUACCCGGAACACUUGAUAGUGACAUACACCCAUAGACAUGUAUUCAUAGCUUUAACACUAUGUGUGAUGUAUCUGAUCUAUCAAAUUUCUACUUAAGUAGCCAAUCGAAUACAAUGCCAAGUUAUAUUUA